AUGUCAGGAGGAGCUGGCUACGAUGCUGUGGUAGACGUGGACGACGAGGUAAAAGCCACCCAACCCACGGGAAACACACCCGCGCGGACACGCAACCCCGUUCUAACAGAAGCUUCCGCCCAGGGCGACCUCGGCCACACCGACCUCCAGGACGACCUCGAAUUCCACAACUCCAACUUCUCCGAGUCGACGCCCGCGAUCCGCAAGGCGCCCGGGUCCUCGGGCCUGCCGCUGCCGGCGACGGCCUCGUCCUCGGGCAAGCGCUACCUGUGGUCCAUGUCCUUCUACGCGCAGUUCUUUGACGUCGACACGUCCGCCGUCCUGCAGAGAUGCUGGGCGGCGCUGUUCCCGCGCGCCAACUUCCUCGACGUGCUCGAGGGCAACCCGGACCUCUACGGCCCGUUCUGGAUAGCCACCACGGUGGUCUUCAUCCUGUUCCUGGGGGGCACCAUAAGCAAGUACCUCGCCACGACGGGCCAGGAGCCGUUCGUGUAUGACUUCAAGCUCCUCAGCGGCGCCGCCGGCCUCAUCUACGGCUACACCCUCUUCAUCCCCGUGGCUCUGUACCUCGCGCUCCGGUACUUCGGCUCCGAGUCCGCGAACCUGCUCGAGUGCUGGGCUCUGUACGGCUACUCCAACCUCAUCUGGGUGCCCGUCGCCCUGAUCAGCUGGAGCCAGAUCAGCAUCCUCAACUGGGUCUUCGUCGGCGUCGGGUUCGGCCUGUCCGUGGCCUUCCUCCUGCGCAACCUGUACCCGGUCCUGAGCGCCACCGACAAGCAGACGAGCAAGGUCCUGCUCGUCCUGGUCCUGGUCCUGCACCUAGCCCUGGCCGUCGCCAUCAAGAUGCUGUUCUUUGCGCACGGCAGCCUGAUACAGAAUGAGCAGCCGGGAAGCGGCGUCGGAGGUGGCGGUGAUGAAGGAAAGGCACCCGAGCAGCCACCGCCGCCACCGCCGGCGUUCUAG